GUCAAGAUUAACGAACAAAAUAAAUUUGAAGACAACAUUUCAAAAGAAAGAUUCAAAAAAAUACGUUAUUUUCCACAACAAAAGUAAAUAAAUUGCAACAGAUUUCACAGCACUUCCAGUAUAUAUUUUAGUGCUUAAGCAUACAGUGUGCUGUGUCUGACAGAAUAUAAAAGUGGAAAAUUUUCUGGAAAAGCUUCGAAAAGUGACAAAAAAGAAGAAAAGUGAAGAGAAAAUUCAAGUUUGCCAAAUUAAAAAGUAUUUUUAAUAUAUUUAACAAAUCAAUAGCGUGAGAGAGCUAAAUAUAAAGUGUGAUUUCAACAUAAAACAGACGUAAUGGAUAACAGAGAGAAUGAUCUAUUUGGGGGUGAUUUAACAUUCAAUAAGAAAAAAAUUGAUGAUUUUUCGCAUUUAAAAGAUAAUACAGUGGAUUUCUUGCAAUCUGAGAGAUCAGAAAAGGUAGACACGACUGAAAAAGUAAAAGAGGCUGUUGUAGACGAUUUCCUCAACUUCCAUGACGAUGUGGGUGAUGAAAUAGGCGAUUUUUCACCUAAUCAAUUUUCACCCAUUAAUCCAGUACUCUUGCCAACAAUUGAAAUGAAGGAAGAAGUAAAGCAGCCUGAAAUUGAUUUAAAUACGACCGAAGAUGAUUAUUUAAAUCCAUAUGCCAUGAAUAAGUCAUUAAAUGAAACAACCAAUGAAAAAUUCAUCAGUUCGGAAGAUUUAUUAACAGACUUUAAAGAUCCAAUUGAAAUAGAGAAGAAGAAGGAAAUUCCGGAAGUUCCAACCUUCAUAGAGGAACCACCACAAGAAAUUCCAGUCCUUAUUCCACCACCAGAAGAGCCAGCUAAACCAGAAAUUGUACCAGAACCAGUCGUCGUUAAAAAAGCGCCGGUCGAGGAACCAAAACCUAAAGCACCAGAAAUAGCAGCUACAAUUAAAUCAUCAAUAACACCGUCGUCAUCAUCGAAUGACACACAAAUUGAGGCAGAAAAAAUUUUCAAAAGCAUUGGAUUAGAUGCAUGGUUCAAGCCGGAUCGUUUACAUCCAAAGUUGGAAUCCUUAAUCUACUGGCGUGAUGUUAAAAAAUCGGGAGUUGUAUUUGGCAUUGGACUUUCUGUAUUGCUCGCAAUGUCCAUGUUCUCACUCAUUAGCGUUUUUGCAUACCUUUCAUUAUUGACACUCGUUGGCACCAUCUCCUUCAGAAUCUACAAGACCGUCAUGUCCGCAAUACAGAAGACAUCAGAUGGGCAUCCAUUCAAAGAAGUUUUGGACAUUGAUUUGACAUUAUCGCAGGACCGUGCUCAACAAAUAGCCGGUGUCGUUGUCACACAUAUUAAUGCAUAUAUUGGAGAAUUGCGUCGUCUUUUCUUGGUCGAAGAUCUCGUUGACUCAUUAAAGUUUGGACUUCUCUUAUGGCUUAUGACUUACAUUGGAGCUAUCUUCAAUGGCAUGACCGUUGUCAUCCUAGCAUACGUCGCCAUGUUCACAUUACCAAAAGUUUAUGAGACAAACAAACAGAAUAUUGAUCAAUAUUUAGACUUAGUACGAAGUAAAUUGGCCGAGAUCACCGAUAAGGUAAAGGCAGCAAUUCCAAUUGGCAAAAAAGAGGAAACUGCAAAAGAUAAGUAAGAUGUUUUCAAGCAACAAAACAACAUAAUAGAAACGAUCAGAUGGAUGUGAAUCUCUAAUUUAUAUCGAAGAACUGAAAGAAAAAAAAAGAUCAUUAAGGCAUAGAACAUCACAUACAAGAGAUAUAUUUCAAGAUCUUUAAAUAACAAGUAGUUCAGAAAUUUGAAAAAAUAACAAAAAUAUAAGAAAAAGUUAAAAAAAUAUCCUUUUUGAACACUCAUUAAAUAAUAAUAAAAAAAAAAAAAUCUCAGGGAUCGAAUACUUAUGAUAUGUAGACAAUUGGCAGGUCUCAAAAUCUAUUUUUGUUGGACAUCAUAAGCAAUCGAUCCCAUAAAUAUUAUAGUAAUAUCAAACAAUAUAAAAAAAUUAUAUAUUUCAUAGCAUUCACCAACCAUCCGAUUUUUGAUUGUAAAACAAGUUUGAUUGUAAAAGAUGAUAAAGAAGAAAAACAUGCAAAAUGCUUUGUUCUGAUCUCGAUCUAGUUUUGUAACAUGCUUUAGUCGAGAUCGAACUAUACCCCAUCCUGUAAACCCUUCAAUUUUUGUAUAAGAUAUAAGAUUGCACAUCUCCUUUUUAGCAUUUUGCAUAAAUUUAUAAACAUUUCGCUUUGAUCCUUCAUUUUUCCUCCAAUUUACAUGAACAUGAUGAUGAAGAAAGAAAACUGUAUGUCUGAAAAAAGAAUGAUGCAAUGCAAUUAAUUAAGGGAGACGUUUUUAGAAAAAUGUUUGACGCAGCUUGAUAGGAAAAAAAAUCGAAAAUUUUAAUUAUUUAGCUUAAAAUGAUGAACAAAUGAGCUGUUUUAGCUUCGAAAGGAUGAUAUUUAAAAAAAAAAUGAUGAUGUUAAACCGCAUAAAGUUUCUUUUGAUUUCUUACCUAUAGAUAUGCUUUUUUUUGGAAAAAUCAAUAAAAUAAAGGAAGAAGAUGUUCUAAAUGUCAAUUUAUGCUGUUCAGUUUGAUUUAUUUGAUAUUUAAUAAUAUUUAUAUGUAGGAUGUUAUCGCAUUGUUUGACUCGCUGUUGUUGUCCAGAUGUCUCCUCUCUUUUUGCUGAUUUACUUUUUACCGUUACAAAUAAUUUUGUAUCCAACUUCAAGUUGUUUCAAAAAUAUAAUUCUAAAGCCAAUUUACGUUGCAGAAAAUUUAAAAAAUUAUGUAACGGUUAGAAGAUAUGCUGGCUUAUCACUGAAAACGUCACUAUCUGCAAAGAGGAGUCUAGACACUUGAAUAAUAACGCACAUAUUUGAUUACUAUUUUUAAUAUUUGUUUAAAAACCUUUUUCUUUAUUCUUAAUUUUCCAUUAUUAAUUACAUAGAACUAUGAACUCUCCAAGUCUGUCUCGAGAGAACCUUACAUAGAACCUCAAAAUUUAUUUUCAAAUUAAUAUUAUUUUUAUCGC